AUGGUCGGCCUCACAGAAUCGCAGGUAGCUUCGUUCCACGAGAACGGCUACCUAGUCAUCCCUGACUACCUCGCAUCAGCCGAGGUCGAGUCCUUGCUGGCGGAAACCAACACACUGCUCAAUGACUUCUCUUUGGACUCGCACCCGCUCACCCAAUUCACUACCGGGGAUGAUGACCAGGCCGAUCACGUUGGUGAUGACUACUUCCUGAACUCCGGCGACAAGAUCCGGUUCUUCUUCGAGCCGGACGCGUUCUCCUCUGAGCCGGAUCCGCUCACGGGGCGCCCCGCGCUACUCAAGCCCAAGCAUUUGGCCGUCAACAAGAUUGGCCACUCGCUGCACAGUCUGUCGCCGCCAUUCAAGGCAGUUUCGCUGAACGAACGCAAUGCGGCCGUCGCUCACUCGUUGGGCUUCCAAGAUCCGCGCGUGCUCCAGAGCAUGGUGAUCUGCAAGCAACCCUCCAUUGGGGGCGCAGUACCCAACCACCGUGACUCGGAGUUUCUGUACACGGACCCACCGUCGGCUGUUGGGUGGUGGUAUGCGCUGCAAGAUGCGGGGCCCGGCAACGCGACGCUGGGGAUGUGGAAAGGAUCACAUAAGGGCCGUAAGGGUGGCCAUAUCACGCGCCGCUUUGUGAGAAAGAGCGAUGACAAAGGAACGGAGUUCGUUGAGAACGCUGGGCCGUCGCUGCCGAAGGGUAUGGAGGAGGAUAAGGUUGAAGCUCCGGCGGAUGAGGACCUGGAGAUCCUCAAUGUUAAGAGCGGGUCACUAGUUCUGAUUCACGGCAACGUGCUACAUAAAAGCGAGAAGAACACCAGCCCGAAUAGUCGGUAUGCAUACACGUUCCAUGUCAUCGAGGGCGCUGAUGGUUGGGAUUAUGAUAAGAGGAACUGGUUGCAACCGCCUGAGGGUGGGUUUUCGAAGCUUUAUCAAUGA